CGAGAGACAGGAAAAAGGCAGGGGGAGAGAGAAGCUGGGUCCACAUCCAUCCGGCUUACCUGCAGCACGGUUUGCGCCUCUGUGUGUCUGGCAUUAAGAAUGAAAGAGAAACUGCCCUUUCCAUUCGAGCUCACCGAAUCCCCCCCACUUCCCUCCAACUCUUUCAACUAAGUUUUAUUUUAUAAUGCAAGGCAACACUGCAGAGUCCACGCGAAAACCCGUUUCCCGAUGGCAGUCUGAGCCUCCGUCGGUGUCUCCAGCCAGAUUUUAGGUUGCCAGCCUCGAUUCAGCAGGAGACGCGGCGUUCCCGCCUCCCGCCUCCCGCCUCCCUCGGUGCAUCCUCCUUUGUACGGCGAGGGCUCCUCGGCCGUCUCCCGGGAAGUCCCGCGCUCUGGCACGCUGCGCCGGGCCUGCGGCAGAGCCGCGCGGGCCGUGCGGGCGGGCGCUAGGACCGCGGGGAGCCCGGGAGGCCGCGGCGCUACCUUAAACCCAGCCCAAUGCCGCUGCCUGCGCCACUCUGCGCGCCGGCGGGGGCUGCGCAGGAGGAGCGCUCCGCCCGGCUACAACGCUCCGCGAGCCGGCGCGGCAACACCUGUUCGCGGCAGCCAGGGCGGCACGCGAGCUCCCGGUCGCGGCUCCGCUCGCUCGCCGCUCGCCACCCGUUCUAAGCCAAUGGACAUCUGCCGAGCCUCUGGAGAAUUCUGGAUACUAGCUUUGGACGCCUAAAGUUUUUUCUGCUUUUUGUUUUUUUAAAUAACAAUAAUUUUUUUUUUUUUUUAGAGGGGGGACCGGGAGGGGAGAUUUUGUCGCCGCCGCCAACGUGAGAUUUUUUUUUUUCCCCUUGAAGGAUUCAUGCUGAUGUCUGCAGAGUCGGUUAGAGUAAAAACAGCGCAUGCCUUCCUGGAGUCGGGAUCCGUAAAUUCUGACGUAGCCCGUGCAUCUUAAAAAUCCUUAUAAUAACGCCUAGGCAUUUAAGUUGCUAUGGUCAUUCCGAUCUCAAACCAAAUGGAGAAACUACGGAUUUUUUUUCCUUAUUACGGUCGGAUGGGAUGAAGACCUUCCUGCCUGCUAAGAGCUGGGGAUCUAUCCAUAGAGAUACAUAGAUAUGUUUAUCAAUAUGUCAGUGUGUGAGUAUAAAGUGGUGGUUUCUUAGACUAUCAGUGGUUUGACCUUGAACCUGUGCCAGUGAAACAGCAGAUUACUUUUAUUUAUGCAUUUAAUGGAUUGAAGAAAAGAACCUUUUUUUUUUUUUCUCUCUCCGCAACUGCAGUAAGGGAGGGGAGUUGGAUAUACCUCGCCUAAUAUCUUCUGGGUUCAUACCGUCAUUAUUGUUUAUUGCUGUGCUCCAAAAGCCGAGUCCUCUGAUGGCUCCCUUAGGUGAAGUUGGGAACUAUUUCGGUGUGCAGGAUGCGGUACCAUUUGGGAAUGUGCCCGUGUUGCCGGUGGACAGUCCGGUUUUGUUAAGUGACCACCUGGGUCAGUCCGAAGCAGGGGGGCUUCCCAGGGGACCCGCAGUCACGGACCUGGAUCAUUUAAAGGGGAUUCUCAGGCGGAGGCAGCUAUACUGCAGGACUGGAUUUCACUUAGAAAUCUUCCCCAAUGGUACUAUCCAGGGAACCAGGAAAGACCACAGCCGAUUUGGCAUUCUGGAAUUUAUCAGUAUAGCAGUGGGCCUGGUCAGCAUUCGAGGCGUGGACAGUGGACUCUACCUCGGGAUGAAUGAGAAGGGGGAGCUGUAUGGAUCAGAAAAACUAACCCAAGAGUGUGUAUUCAGAGAACAGUUUGAAGAAAACUGGUAUAACACCUACUCUUCGAAUCUCUAUAAACACGUGGACACUGGAAGGCGAUACUACGUUGCGUUAAACAAAGACGGGACCCCCAGAGAAGGAACCAGGACUAAACGGCACCAGAAAUUCACACAUUUUUUACCCAGACCAGUGGACCCCGACAAAGUACCCGAACUAUAUAAGGAUAUUCUAAGCCAAAGUUGACAAAGACAAUUUCUUCACUUGAGCCCUUAAAAAAAGUAACCACUAUAAAGGUUUCACGCGGUGGGUUCUUCUCGAUUAGCUGGGGGGUCACCCCAGCUCCACUGUUGCCAAACUUUGCCGCAUGCAUGAUGUCCGAUGGAGGCUUGGACGGGAACAUGCUGAUUCUGUUCUGCACUUACAGGCUGGUCCUCCCGGAGGCCGGCCGCUGCCCACUUGCUCGAUUUCUUGUGCGAGGAGGAGAGGGAGACUGAGCGGGGGUGCGAGUGUGUGCGUGGAUGAGUAGCAGGGGGAAUUGAAGAGAGAGGCAGAGAGGACAACGGCCUGAUGCAUGCUGGGAUUUAGACGCGCUUUUACAUUUUUGAUCAGUUGUACUUCAUCCUGUAUCCGCACAGCCAUACUUCGACUCAUCAGGAUUGGGGCUGGUGGCCUUCGCAAGGGCACGCUGCGUUUUCAGAGGUGUGGAGGGUGCAGUCUUACUUCAGAGACUUUUUCAGUUAAUGCUCGCUGGUGCCAUCCCAGUGGAUCGAAAGCAAAGACCUCUUAGGCAAAAAACAAAAAAACAAAAAAAACAAAUACAAAACAAAACAAAAAAAAAGUUAAAUUUAUUUAUAGAAAUUCCAAAGGCAACAUUUUAUUUAUUUUAUAUAUUUAUUUAUUAUAUAGAGUUUAUUUUUAAUGAAAUAUGUACAGGCCAGAUAGGCAUUUUGGAAGCUUUAGGCUCUGUAAGCAUUAAAUGGCAAAGUCCGCUACGAACCUGUGGUAAAUUCAUGCAAGUAAAUAACGGUGCAUGGAUGUGAGAAAUUCUAAUGACCCUAAUGUACUAAAGGCGACAAUCUCUUUUGUGCCCGUAUUAUUGUAAACUUAUGCACAUCAUUCAUGACACUGAGUAUUCACUCUUCAGACUGCUUGUUUCAUAGCUUAUCCCAGAGGAUUAAAGAAAAACUGGGUCUCAAACUUUUA